GGAAGAUAGUCCUGCUGGACCGCCAGCCUCUACGCCGCUUCCUUGGCUUGCUUUCGCGUGGCCUUCUAGCAUCCUUGCUGCACCCACACCGAGCAUCUGUGCACAGGUUUCCUAGCAGUCGCCUGCAACGCUGCCGUGUAUCCGUGGACGGCUAAGCAGAGCCUGCUUGCGGUGUAAGCAGAAAUAACCCGAGUCCCAGAGGCAAGGACGAGCGCUGCGGGUUCAUUUGCAUAGUGGCUCGUUGUGGUUGUAGGCCCAAGGUGGGGGAGCGGCCGCGGGAGCAGCCCGUGUACGGCUUUACUGGUGAACGGGUGCUGGCCGCCAGCCAGGAGGGCUGGGAGCAGGGCUUGGCUCGUUGCUGAAAUGCAGCCGCUUCUGCAACUUCCAGCCGGAUGUGAUGAGCCAGGCAGGGCAUAUCUCCCUCUGAAGCGGUAGGGGCUGAACGUGCUGCUCCCACAGCCCGCCGGGCCAGGUGGGACCUCAUCUUAUUGCAGCGAUGGGGCCAAGCGCAAAGCCUGCCUCUGGAUCCCAGUCCGGAUUUGGUCCCCGGGCCCUCGUUGGCAUGCUCGCUCCUGCCCCGUUCACGCCCACCAGUGCCACGUGAGGCUUCCCACCGUGACACUUGCUUCUCACGCGAGCGUGGGGGUUUCCUCCUCUCCAGAGCCCACCACUGCUGCUGAAAGGAGCUGGGCCGGGGCCGUCGGGCUGGUGAGCCACGACAGCUGAAACUGGGAACUUUUUGCUCUGCGGGCAGGAAGCCGAGUGCUUCCUCUCCAAGCUGGAGCUGACUUUCAUUUGUUGGUUCACAGGGCUGGUUUUGCAAUCCUGUAAGCCCCUGGGUGGUAGGAGGGGCCUCUCUCGACCCAGCAGGUUUCAUUUUCUUGCAUGGCUCAGGGGCGAGAGUCCAGCUUCCCAAUAUCCUCCCAUCCCUCCGGUCCCUUCCGUCUCAUGCCGAUCGCGGGGAGGAGGCUUUUUGGCUGCUUUUGGAGGUAUGUUAAUAGGCUGACUUUUUCCUGAGCUUUAUCAAGGCGCAGUAGAGCCGGGAAGCUCUGAGGCAGCCUGCCCUCCCGCUGGAAAUGCAGAGCACGCCGAACUACCUCUGGUACACGGACGAUGUCUUGGGCCAAGGCGCUACGGCAUGCGUGUACAAAGCGCGCAACAAGAAAUCGGGAGAGCUGGUUGCUGUGAAAGUCUUCAAUAAUGCCAGCUACAUGAGACCCCAGGAGGUGCAGCUGAGAGAGUUCGAGGUGCUGAGGAAAUUAAACCAUAAGAACAUCGUCAAACUGUUCGCAAUUGAAGAGGCCGGAAGCAGCAAGCAGAAGGUGCUGGUGAUGGAGUACUGCUCAAGCGGGAGCUUGCUGAAUAUGUUGGAAGAUCCAGAAAAUGCCUUUGGCUUGUCUGAGGCCGAGUUCCUCAUCGUGCUGGACUGCGUCGUGGCCGGCAUGAACCACCUGCGGGAGAACGGCAUUGUCCACAGAGACAUCAAGCCGGGAAACAUCAUGCGGCUGAUGGGGGAAGACGGGCAGAGCGUCUACAAGCUCACGGACUUUGGGGCUGCUCGGGAGCUGGACGACGACGAGAAGUUUGUGUCCGUCUACGGUACAGAAGAGUAUCUUCAUCCAGACAUGUAUGAACGAGCAGUUCUGAGAAAACCCCAGCAGAAGGCGUAUGGGGUGACUGUAGAUCUGUGGAGUAUCGGGGUGACCUUUUACCACGCUGCCGCAGGCAGCCUCCCCUUCAUCCCUUUCGGAGGACCUCGCAGAAACAAAGAAAUCAUGUAUAAAAUAACAACCCAGAAACCUGCUGGAGCAAUCUCAGGUGUCCAGAGGCAGGAGAAUGGGGCCAUCGAGUGGAGCUACGAGCUGCCUGCCACGUGCCAGCUCUCUGCGGGGCUGAAGAGCCAGCUUGUCCCGAUCCUGGCCAACAUCCUGGAAGUUGAUCAGGAAAAAUGUUGGGGCUUCGAUCAGUUUUUCGCAGAAACCAGUGACAUCCUGCAGAGGAUAGUGUUCGAUGUCUUCUCCUUGUCGCAAGCCAGCGUGCACCGGGUCUUCAUCCACUCCCACAACACUACAAACAUAUUUUUAGAUGCUGUCUUCAGGCAAACAAAUACAGCCCCUCACCAUCAAGAAUACUUUUUUGAAGGUUACCCAUAUGACUUGGACCCCAACCUCCAAGCCCAAAAUUUCUCCAGGACCACCAAAAAUAGCCCUCUGACUUUGCUGAGCACUGAAACAGAGGAUCCCAUAGGAGUGAGAUACAGAGAUCCGGCGCACGACUUCCCAAAGUUUGUCCCGAAGGUUGAUGUCAUAGCUGACUGCAGCAUAGCAAAGGGUGUCCUCGGUGCAGUUCACCAGACGCUGAGGAUAGCCCGGUCGCUUCUGAAAUGUCAAGAGUUUAUCCUGGGGGGGCUUCACUGUGUGGUCGAGAGCCUCAAAUCCGAGUGCUCAAAGGUGCUGGAGAGGAAGGAAACGGCCGUUUUGAUGCUGACCUGCUUGCAGCGUACCAACGAGAAGACCCUGGUGGUGUAUGAAUCUGUAUCUGGAAGCAAUGGGAACCCAGAGCUGAAGGACCUGGCUGAGGUGAAAGCAAGGCUGCAAACGGUCACUGAAGACCUCUGUAGGUACUCUCACAGCAUCUCUGAAUAUCAAGGGACAUUGGGUGAUAUUUUAUCUGAGCUGGUAAAUCACCGGCGGCAGGCACAAGAAGAUAGAAGCAUCCGGCAGAUGGAGUGCUGCCUUGAAAAGAUGCAGCUCAUACACAAGCAGUUCAAGAAGGCCAGGGCAUGCAUGCGGCUGGCCUAUAAUGAGGAACAAAUACACAAACUGGAUAAGUUGAAUCUAGGACGUUUAGCAAGAAAAGUUAUAUCAAUUUUCCAGGAUGAUUGUGUACAGAAAUACCAAGAUGUCCUGGGUGCUCAUGGAAACAGAAUGAGGAAAGUUUGUGAGAUAAAAAAAAAUUUGAAGAAGCUUGGCAGUUCCUUGUCAGCAUGCUGUGUGGAGCUGACUGAGUGCUGGGACUGCCUCCAUAACGCUUUGGACAGGCUGCCACAGAGAGCCCAGGUCUCUUCUGCUCCUCUACCCGUUUACACACAAGAAACCGAUCAGGAUAUGGCACUUAGAAUGCAGCAGCUUCUGGAGGAAAUGAAAUCAGUAACUUGCGAUCUCCAGUUGAACAACAGCAUCAUUGAACGGUUAAGUGGGGUUGCAUCCACUUCAGGUACUUAAGGGAGAUGUGGUGGAUUUGCAGCUGCUAAGGCAAUCAAACAGGAAGUUUUACAUCUAUAGCACUUUGGGUCGCGACUGAUGGAGAACUUGAAUGUUUGUGUUUAUAAGACUAUGCUUUCUCCUACCUCUCUGCUGCAGCAUUUUUGCACAGUUCGUGAACUGGUCUGCAAGCCCCAAACCCUCCAAUAUACAAGCAAUGUCCCUAAAAUUGUUAAAAUGGGAGCCUCCUUCCUUUCCGUUUUUCCUUAUUGCCCUGGAAUCGCUGACUUCAUCCCGUAUCGAGGGGCUCGUGUUCCAUAAGGUGAAAUGGGUGAGGCUGCGUAUGCCCACACACAUUGCGUAUAUACUUCUUCAACACUAGCCCCUUCUGGUGUCAAGCGUGAGCUGCGUGCGGGAAGGAUACUGCACUUGAUGGACUAAAGACCUGAUCCUGUGUGGAACGUGUCCAAGUUUCCAGCUGGGAGAUGCAGGAUUCAACAGACCCAGCACUGAAGAGGGCUGCCCCUUUUUUUGUGUGCAACUGCUAUCACGUGAGGGCCAGAACACCUGGUUUUAUUUCAUUACUUCAUUUCCACCUGGGUCAUUUCUGUUAUGAAUGCUGGCGAGUAUAAGAAGGGAAGGUUUCUCUUUCCCUCCUUUGGGUGCAUUGCCAUAGGGUCUGUGAGAUCUGCGCAUGCGUCUGCCUGAGCACGCGCACCCUCCUUUCGGUGAUGCCAGACUGAAGGGGCAUUUCCUGUCUAUCUUGAUUGACUGCGCUCCCAAAUCACAAAGCAGGCUCCCUGAAUGUGACUACUGUGAGCUGCCGUGUCCAAAAGCAUUACAUACGUGGGCAGGGAUAAGUUUAGUUUUGGGCCAAGCAGUGAAAACAAAUGGCAAGCAACCAGAUGUUCCAGCAGGGAAACCCCAGAGAUCCCUGCUCAGGCCUUCUUACUGAAAAACUCAUUUAAAAUCUUGAGCAUAGCAUCAAGCAAGGAAUCCAGGGUAAUUCGCCUCCCCCCAGAAGCUGUCUCAAUGACUUAACAGCCUAAAUGCUCUUUCCAGAAGUGACUUAAGAGUGCCAGUCUUAUUGAAAGUAGAUGCAACAUGGGUUUUUAGGUGCCCAAGUCAGUCUUGAAAAUAAAAUUAAGUCCUCUGGGUUGCUUAGGCUCCCUGAAAAUGUUGUCCCAAUCUGGUAUUGCUCACAGAAAAUGCACUGAAGGAAUGACCCUAAUGGAGCUGACGGGAUGGGCUGGACCCUUAGCUGGUAUAACUCAGCAAGUCUACAGUGCAGGCACACUAAGUUAUACCAGCUUUUGCAGCUGGCCAUAUACAUUUCAGUCUUACUCAGUUAGGAAUCUCUUCUUUCCUGGAUCUAAGCUUUCAAUCUUCAUCAAGCUUAACAAGAGACACAUGAGCCAUUUGAAUGAGUGAUGACCCACUUGCCCUAUUACCCCCCACCUUCCCUUGUGUGUGCUGUCAAGAGGUCCUUUUGGCCCUCUGUCCCUGGCACCUGAUUACCCAAAUCCCCAGAUAUCUCAACAUGUUUGUCUGCAGCUCAUCUGGAUCCCACUGUGCACCCUGUGCAGAAAACACAGCAUUGUCAUCUAAUGCAAAUGCAAUUAAUACAAAGAGCGGGUGUGAUUUGUAUAGAGAACCACUUGGAGAUGGAACUUGUUUGCCUAUUAAUGUCUGUGAUGUUUACUCAUGUGUGUGAUAAUGGAAUAAAUGGUUACAUAAACGUU